AUGCUUUCCUCCCGGUGCUGUGCCGCUGCGGCGCUCGCGCUCGCGUCCUCGGUGACCGUGUUGGUGGUGGCCUGUGCAGCCGCAUCCUCCGGCGCCCAGCCAACGACCACGCCGACAGCGGCGACCACCGCCUCGCCGGCGGGCAGCGCUGCGACGGCGAACUGCACGCGGUGCGGCGGCGCGGUGAUGCAGAGCCGCGCCGUGCGCCUGCGGGCCAUCAAGGCGCAGAUCCUGAGCAAGCUGGGCAUGAAGCGGGCGCCCAACGUGACGCGCCGCGCUCUGCCGGGCAUCCAGCCCCUGCACCAGCUGCUGGACCGCUACGACGCCGGCAUGAUGCAGGCGGACGCGCCGUUCGAGCCCGGCGAACAGUACGACGACGACGACGACUUCCACAUGGCCGCCGAGCAGAUCAUCACCUUCGGCCAGCAGGUGCCUCCCGAGAUGGGGCUGGUGCCGGAGUGGCAGGCGGUCCACUUCCGCUUCUCGGAGGCGGCGCUCAACCUGCACGUGUCCAAGGCGCAUCUCUGGGUGUUCGUCAGCUCAAACCAGUCGUCUUCCUCGGCGGCCGUCUGGGUCACGCUCUACCAAGUGGCAAGGGACGCCGCUUCCGCACCUCAACUGCACCUCGUCAAGGUGCGGACGAAAGAAGAGAAGGGUAACCUGCAGCAAGGGUUCUGGGUGCAGAUGGACGCCAGAAAGCUGGUUUCGCACUGGUUCCGACAUCGAAAGGACAACUUGGGGAUCGUGGUGCACGCCUACGACUCCGAAGGCCGCAAAGUGCACGUCACUGUGGACCCGCCGCCUGGAAGGGACGCCCUGAGGCCCUUCCUGGUGGCGAUGGUGGACAAGAACGGCCGCAGCCGGACGCGGCGCAUGGUGGGCCUCAACUGCCAGGACAACUCGAGCGAGGAGCGCUGCUGCCGCUACCCGCUCACCGUGGACUUCGAGGAGUUCGGCUGGGACUGGAUCAUCGCGCCCAAGCGGUACGAGGCCAACUACUGCAGCGGCGAGUGCCCCUACGUGUUCAUGCAGAAGUACCCGCACACGCACGUCGUGCAGCAGGUCAACCUGUCCGGCUCGCCGGGGCCCUGCUGCGCGCCGCGCAAGAUCUCCGCCAUCUCCAUGCUGUACUUCGACAACAACCACAACAUCGUGUACGGCGUCCUGCCCGGCAUGAUCGUCGAACGUUGCGGAUGCUAUUGACGCGCCGCGCACGGUGGCCACGAUCUCCGUCCCCGGUCUGCUCGAAGGGGCCCCGAACUUCCGCCGCCGUGUGCGCGGAAGGCUGUGUAGUACAAAGAGACGCUGUCUUUACCGUCGCGAUGGUUCCGUCCCGUGGACAAUGCCGGACCGUGUGGUUUCGGUCAGCUGUGUCGCCUGCACGGUGUCUCUUGCCAGUGUUCUCUGUUCCAGAGUAUGCCAGAGACCAAGUCAUUUCACCCUGAAGGCUACUCCAACUUAUGCCAGUAGCCCUUCUGUCCUGAACAUGCGUCAAGCAUGUCGCCCAGUGAUAGCAGCCGUCAGAAUGGUUCUCUUCGGUGCCGGUGCAGCCGAGUACCUUCUCGAAAAAAAAAAGGGGGGGUGGGGGGGUCUUGUGUGACCCCGAGUUUGGGGCUUCAUAACGCCAGUAAAGGGUUGGCAUACAAGGCGGGCUGCAGGCAUUGAAGCGUGCCAUCAACUAAGUGCUUCACGCGGAAGCGGGGUGAGAGAGUUGAAAGGUCUGAAAGUCAAGUUUGGAAUACGCACACUUGCGUGAUUUUUCAUCUUUUCCCAGCUGUAACCGGUGUACCCGGAGGCACCGUGCAUGAAUUCAUGCAGUCGUGCACAGGACUAUAUAUACAGGCCGAUGGAGCCGCUUCUCAUCACGGUUCCCAUAGUGCUGAGGUCGUCAUUUUGUGUGUGUGCGCGGUGAAUGAGGACAUUGUGUGUGGUAUCCGAGUGGUUUAACCUUGGCGCCUUUUCUUUAUUUUAUUUUCUGCCUUUUCACAAAGUGAUCUAUUUAAUGAAAGUACACGUCGCGAUCCGUGAUCGUCGAUGUGUGAUCAUACUUUUUUUUUUGUACAUGAAUUUGCGUUAGUGUUUUAUUCUCGUGCCUUUUACCGAGUGUGCGAACAAGAUCUGUUUUCGUUUGUGUGCACACGUGCGUGUGCUGUGUGGGUUUUCGAAAGCUGCUCCAAAGAUGUUUUUCGUACAGCGUGUAUGCGUCAUUGUUUUCAUAUUUGUGAGCAUUGUUUAAGAAAUGAUUUCACCCCCAUAUGACAUCGAUACCCUUAAAAAAAAUGAGCUGGCCACAGCUUGCUAGAAGUAUAGCUGAGGACAAAAAAUGCGGCAAAAGCUGCGUUGCUUUCCCGACGGCUGAAUACGCAACAAUCACGUGUUGCGUGUUAUAUCCGCGCGUUCUAGCGAGCGUUUUGUGCUUUCUUUCCUGUGCUAGUGUCGCAUGCGCUUACACUAUAUCUAGGAAGAACUGAAAACUAUUGCUGUGAGAGUCUCACUAUGAAAUAUGUGACGACUCGUUGACGAAGUGCCUGUCCCCGCUCAGUGUUGUUUAUUUCUCUUCGUGCACGCGUCUCUGCAGGAAAAAAAAAAAACCUUUUCUACACAUGCUCGUGAUUGGCACCGCAUGCUCGGUUUUGGAUCACAUACGAUGAUGCCUCUGCGAUUGAGACCAAUUCAUUUUUUCUAACCGAGCUGAGCACUGUGUGUAUAUAGCUUUUGUGAACCGUCUGUGACAGACAAACGACGUUCACAUUUUAGACCUUAUGCGUCCUCGAGCCCUGUGCUUGGCUAGUUUGUAAAGCUUCAGCUUACGCCUGCGUCAUGUAUUGUAAAUAUGUAGCCGGUGAUUGACGCCAUAGCCAGAAAAUCGAUGUGAAAACAGAAUUUCAUUCUCGAAGUGUUGCUUAUAUACUAUAUUGUUUGUAUUCAACUGUCGCUCACACAGCAGUUACAACUCGCUGUGGAGCCAAAUCGGGCCUCGUUCCUUAUCUGAUUGUACACAUAGCAAACCAUUGUCACUCUUCACUUGUACUGCAACGGCGCUGCCUUAUUUUCUCAGAAAACAGGGGUGUCGCAACUUUUAACGCGACAACGUUAUGGAGCUUGUGUCGCAGAAAAGCCGGUGUCGUCGGCGUCGGCGGCGUUGGCCGUGAGCGAUAAAUCCCAGCAGGCACUUUUUCCCUUUCGUUUACUCCCGUCUUUUCUAUGCGCGCGAGCGCGCGCGCGUGUGUGUGUUCGUGUGACACAUCGACUUAUCUUUAACAGUUAUGACUGUUAUUCGCAUACUUUACGGUUGCCGUGGACAAUGAGAAUGUUGCUUAUACAAAGAAAUUGCCUUCUCUUCCUCAUUGUCAACGCUUCACGCUUCAAAAAGCGCACACGCUUGAACGUCGAAAAAAAUUUCCAGUGUGACUGCAGGCUACGCUAAGGAAGCACCCGUCUUGACUUAUUCUAUAUAGUGUGAACUCCGCUGCUUGACAAGUCAACAGAUUAAUAAUAACGAAGGCAUUGAUUCAGUAAUAGGGACGCUAGUCGAUCAAUUGCCCACACGUUUGUAGAACAUACAACGGAAUUCGAAUUCCAUAACAUAUGCUAACAGAAGUUUGGAAACAGUAUCGCAAAAGACCUGUUGUGUGAGGCUAAAAAUUUCGUUAAUUGCUCGUUUCUUUCAGGAUCAGUUUAUUUGCAUCUAUAGUAAAGUUUGAAUUACAAAAAAGAAAGGAAAAGAAAAGCAUACAUGCAAAGAAGGUCUCGCAGGUAGAAACUUACUGAGACGUCCCCCCCCCCCUCCCCCCACCCCGUGUAUGUUGACAAGAAUCAUUUAAAUUAAAAGAAGUGAUAACGUGUGAAACUUCUUACACGACACUCGAUGGAGUGACAAUCCUUACCCUGCAUUAUUACCUUCGCCGGCCAAAAUCGCAGACCGAUCCCACGACAGCUACGCUGCCAUUUAUAUACCGCGCAUGGUUUUGUUAAAAUGACCUGUUGUAAAGGAACAGGUUUAGCUACGUAAGUAUGUCUAUAUGUAAACAAAUAGCGUUAAGCAGACUGAUAGAAUUACAAACAUUGCGCUUUUGCAGAUUUGCACAGUGCGAUAACGCUAUGCAAAUCGUUUGUGAAAUGUCGUCGCUUCAAAAAUGAAGUUGCAGGCAUUGUAUGCUAAUUGCGCGCCAUCUUUGCAAUGUUUGAUCUCUGCCGCUAUGUAGUAGAUCGUGAGCGAGAGUGCUCGGUGAGCCUAAUCGUUGCAUUUUGUAUAUGUGCCCAUAAAUACUGUAAUACCGGCGUCACGUUGCGGUAUGCACACUGUUUGUAACGAAUUCGAGUCUUUCGGAUCGUCUUGCGUUUAGAUGGCAUAAUGUCAAGGGGAAUGAUAACACUUUCGCUUUUAACGAAGCACAGCUUUCGUGGGAACUUUUCAUUGUGCCAUACACCAUUUGUUCCUGUAACGAAGGCCUGCCGCAUUUGUCGUUAUACGAUUGUUGCGUCCUCGUGUGUUCUCUUUUUUUUAUUGUUGUUGUUAUUAUUGUGCUCGCGUAUUACAGAAAGUGUUCGGAGUGGACUAUACUGUACUGUUGCGAUGUGUGCAUUUCGCGUGCGCGCCGGCGUUCUUUGUUUGCAUGUGGUUUAAACCGUGAGCUUUGAGAUCCUCACCCGGAGGUGGAUGGUGAAGAUUUGAACCAGGGUCGUGUGGUCCCCAACAGAACCGGUCGCUGAAGUGAUGCGCGGUCGUUGGGAUAUGUGCGCGCGAUGUGGAUCGCGUAUAUCUCUUUUGUCUGUGGCAUCCGCGGAACUUAUUUGCUUUCAAGGGCCUCCUUUCGUUCUUUCUUUUUUUUUUUCUCUCCGACGGCGUCCAAACAUUGCUCUAAGGUGUUCCCCAUCUAACAAAGGCAAAAUGUCUGUCAAAAAACGAACGAGGAAAUAUUUCUUUUGUUUUGUUUUAUAGCUUGAACGAAAAUCGGUGUGUAAAAUAAUGUUCGCUGCGUUGUUGCCAAGUCAUUUCUUGUGCAAGUAGGAGCCUUUCUUUCUUUCUUUCUUUCUUUCUUUCUUUCUUUCUUUCUUUCUUUCUUUCUUUCUAUGGGGGGGGGGGGGGAUGCCUCAGACAAGCUGGCCGAAGUUUCGGUAGGCGUAUACCUAUCGAAAUGUCGGCCAGCCUGUCCGAGGCAUCUUAACUCCAUUCAUCCGACAUUUAUCUCGCAGUGUGACUUGUCGAUGUCAAUGGCGAAGUAUAAACGCCAUGGAUCUAUGCAAUCCAUGUGUGCUCAACUGCAGAUAAAGAUCCAUACUUUAACCCUACAAGGCCUAACGUAUCAUUUUUGCUACGCUGUGUUUUAUACCACGAAAUCAUGCUAUAAGCGCGGGAAAUUUUAACGCAAAGCCCAUAGUAUAGCGUCUUGAUACGAUGCAGCGAGUUUUCAGUUGCGAAUAGCUCAGCAAACCAAUGACUAAAUUAUUAAUUAUUAUACUAUUCAUUUAUUACACAAACAACGUUUCAUUGUUUCCUUCUUUUGUACGAAUGUACUCUUUAAGCACAAAAAUAGAGGUACACAGGCUGUUCUAAUUUAUCUAGAUGCCGAAUGGAGUUUUUGGGCUCUGUGGGGUUAAUGCAAGCCUCUAUAGCUUCACUCGCGUCCAACUUUCUACCUCCCACCCCCCAUCUCCCUUUCUCUCCCCCCCUUUCUUUUUACGUGCACAACUGAAAGACAAACGACAAAAUUAAAUGUUUAUUGCCGCGCUUGGGCUUCAGCGUUUAGAGCUCUGACGGCAGCUGUGGCUUCGAGUGACGCAUCUGACAUCUUCAGGGCCGCAUUCCUUUGCAGGAAAAAUGCUGUGGCUCAGGCGUCGACGUGUUUUAUCGGCGUACAGCGCAAGAUACUACACGGACGGGAAAACGAGCUUAAUUUUAAGCUGGCCUCUUCUGUCGUCCUUUAAUAUACCUGAAAUUCCUCUGCGUUCUCGUCGCCUUUUUUUUCUCUCUCUCUCUCUCUCUCUCUCUCUAUGUUUCUUUCUCGAGAGAAAAAGGAAACGCGCAAUUCCAUCGCGUAACUGAAGGGCACGCUAGAUAAAGGCGAUUCGGUAACUCUUACUCACGUAGACUGCUGAGCUGGAGCUACAGCUGAUAUAGCGCUGCUGACUUGUGCUUUCGUAUACAAAAUGUACAGUGACGUGCUAUACAGCUCCGACUACUCUGGUAGCUCUGUAAAAGAGUGUGUGUCAGGGUAUAACGACCCAUGCGCGUUUUGUGCGCGCAGUUGGUAACAUAUUUGCGCAGUCGGUGCGUAACUUUGCCAUCGUGUCAAAUGCGAUGUUUCAAGCACCUUUUCUUUUUCUCUCCCUCUUUCCUAUGCAGUAUUGAACGUUGAGCCACAUCUAAGUGAGCACGCCUGGUCAUCAGAGGAGGUUAGUGCAACCGCAUUAACAGAAAAGCGAUUGUAUACACCAAGCUAUCGUGAAGUAUCCUCGGCUCGGUUAGCCAGUCGAUCACACAGCGAAUGAACAAGGUAACGACGGUUUACGUAUAGAAAGGAUAAGCCACAACACUCCGCUUCCAACCUUGACAAUUUCGCUAUUCUCGCCCUUGAGAGCAUUGAAACUGCCACAUGACGUUCGCCCUAAACGCACGCGGUUAAUACUGGCUGUGAUAUCAGCAUUUGAGUUGCGCGCUUUGAUCUGUCCCGACCCCUCUCAAGACUUCAAGGCCUGCCUUAUACCUUAUUAUGAAAAAUGUCCGCAUGCCGAAUAACCUCCACGUCCAAUAAUGUCGUACGAUCAUUCGGAACUAUUUGUGAAAACCAACAUGGCCCCCUGAUAACCUCCGUAGCCAAUAACCCCAUAUCGUAAAACCCAUAUAUGAUCAUGUACGGGGAUAAUUGAAUACGGAGGCUAUGGGGCAUAUUGCAUAUGUCAUAUAUUCAUGCGGCAUUUGUUAGACAAAGAGAUUAUCUGGCACAUAUUUUUGUAAUAAGGUACUUUGUUUGUAUACUUUUGUUUGUAUACUUUUGUUUGUUUGUUUGUAUAUUUGUAUACAAGCAUCUUGUUUCUUGUGUUUCGCCUCGUCGAUCAAUCCCCCAGCUUUGCAAAACAUAUUGCGUGACACUACACGCGCAAUUUGUUGGCCCUGGGUGCAGUGCAUGUGAAAAGCGUUUUUUAAUGCGACGGCUUUUUUCUUCUCUGUCCUACUUCCGCUCUCUCCUCUUAUAUCGCGUGUUCGCUGUAUUGUGAUCAACAAAUGUACAUUUGGCGAUCACUCAUCCAGGCUUGAUGAGCAUAGUAAUGACAUAUUUGUAGAUACAAAUGCGUGAGCAUGCACUGUCGAAACUUGAAGCCAGAAGAACAUCCUCUCACGCACAAGAAGCAUAAAUUCAUUCGUUGACAAAUGUUCUGUGAUAUUCACAAUAAAGAUAUGGAACGUCA